GAACGUGACUGCAAUGGUUGCCUUCGCGAGAGCCGUGCCAAACUUGCCUGCUCUGUGAAAAAAAAGCGGCUCUCCGUCUCUCAACCACCGGGGUUUUUUUUUUGUUGUUUUUUUUUUGCCGAGGGCACGGGGAAAGAAAGAGGAGGGGGAGGGGGGCUAAUGCCACUCAGCCCUCGUGAGAGCCACCGUUUGCAGAUUCGAGAGUCGACAGAAAACUUUGAAAAGAGUCGCCGCCGCGGUGAAAUACAGCUGCGCGGCUCAACUUCCAGCAGCAGCAGCAGCAACAGCAGCAGCAGCAGCCCGAGGGGGCCGGGAGGAGGAGUCAACAGGUCCCAGGGCCGUGCUGCGGGGCUACAGGCAGGCAGACUCGGAGGCAGGCCCACAACCUCGACCCCAGCAUCAUUUGUUUGGACGAGGGCCGUCAGCGCCUGUCGCGCGGCCCAUGAUGAAGUGUCAGUCGAAGAAGGGGCUCGUCCGAGCAAUCGAUGCGGGCAGUCCACCAGCCGGAAGCCCAGUUGGCCGAACAGCACACCACUCAAUCAGUCUGAGCAGCAGCAGCACAAAGGAACUGCUGGCGACCGACAGAGGCAGAGUCUAAGUAUUCCUGCAAAGAGGAGGCCCAUCGAAAGGAGCAGAGCUUUGUCCUGGCAUCAUGUGAUCCGCGCAUUCCCGUGCAGUGGUCUGCAGUGGAAGAGUGAAACCACUAAGAACCCCUAUCACCACUAUCGCCGCUCCAGACUGCAGUCCUCAAAGUCAACCUGUUCCUGACUCAACUUGCUCCUGUCUCCCCCCUUCAUCUCAGAGAUAAGGAAUGGCCGUUCGACUUUGCAGCCUUCCCAACGCCUCUCGCAAAUAAGGCCUCUCAGCCCAUUUCACAAUACCAGAGAAAGGAAGGAAAAAAAAACUCCACGGUCCUCUUUUAUACUUUCCUUUUAUCUUUGUUCCCUCAGUAACUCAACCUUCAACACACAUUCACUAAACCGGAUUUUUGUCUCGGAGACAACCACUGAAAGGACGCCUGCAUUCAAGUUUCCAAAUCAGAGGGCGAUUUUGAUUUCUAUAAACUUUGUCCCGGCAAGUCUUUUGGAAUAUCCACUCAUGCAGUGUCCCUAUGGGGGAUUAAAACAGUCCAGGAAUCCACACUCUUUUCUUUAGAUCGUGUUAAGGUGGUUUUUUCAGUGAGGUCUUCUUUGUGACUGGAGGUGGACUUGAGCCAUCAUGGCUGGGAAGGGCAACCCGGUGCCGGGCCCCCACCUCAACGGCUUCCCCAUGCCCACCUACUCCUACUUCUUCCCCCACAUGCUGGGGAGCCUGUCGCCUCCGUCCCUGCCAGGACUGCCCAUCAGCGGGUACAGCACCCCCUCACCAGCCACGAUAGAGACCCAGAGUACCAGCUCAGAGGAGAUAGUGCCAAGCCCGCCCUCGCCUCCCCCGCCGCCCCGCGUCUACAAGCCCUGCUUUGUGUGCCAGGACAAGUCCUCAGGGUACCACUAUGGUGUCAGCGCCUGUGAGGGCUGCAAGGGUUUCUUUCGGAGGAGCAUCCAGAAAAACAUGGUGUACACUUGUCACCGCGAGAAGAACUGCAUCAUCAACAAAGUCACCCGCAACCGCUGCCAGUACUGUCGGCUGCAGAAGUGCCUGGAAGUCGGGAUGUCCAAGGAGUCAGUGAGAAACGACCGGAACAAGAAGAAGAAGGAUGAGAAGAAGCAGGAGUGCACAGAGAGCUACGUGCUGAGUGCCGACACAGAGCAGAUGAUCGACAGGGUUCGCAAGGCGCACCAGGAAACCUUCCCCUCUCUCUGCCAGUUGGGCAAAUACACUACGAGUAACAGCUCAGAAAGACGUGUGUCCUUGGACGUAGACCUGUGGGACAAGUUCAGUGAACUCUCCACCAAGUGCAUCAUAAAGACGGUGGAGUUCGCGAAGCAGCUGCCCGGCUUCACGACGCUCACCAUCGCCGAUCAGAUCACUCUGCUCAAAGCAGCCUGUCUGGACAUCCUGAUACUCCGGAUCUGUACGCGCUACACGCCAGAGCAAGACACCAUGACUUUCUCAGAUGGACUCACGCUAAACCGAACCCAGAUGCACAACGCCGGCUUCGGUCCACUCACCGACCUGGUGUUUGCCUUUGCCAACCAGCUCCUUCCCCUGGAGAUGGACGAUGCUGAGACAGGGCUGCUCAGCGCCAUCUGUUUGUUGUGUGGAGAUCGUCAGGACUUGGAGCAGGCGGAGAAGGUGGACGUCCUGCAGGAGCCCCUCCUGGAGGCGCUGAAGAUCUACGUGAGGCGGAGGAGGCCCCACAAGCCGCACAUGUUCCCCAAGAUGCUGAUGAAGAUCACCGAUCUGAGAAGCAUCAGUGCUAAAGGAGCUGAGCGUGUCAUCACCCUGAAGAUGGAGAUCCCAGGCUCCAUGCCCCCUCUCAUCCAGGAGAUGCUGGAAAACUCAGAAGGUCUGGAAAGCGGAGCUGCAGGCAGCCGGCCCAGUGGCGCCCCCCCAGGCAGCUGCAGCCCCAGUCUGUCCCCUAGCUCUGCCCAAAGCAGUCCAGCCACACAAUCGCCGUAGUUGCGGCCCAUCUUUUUAAUUUUUCCUCACGAUGCUCUCCGUCUCCUCCCACGGCGUUCUAAAGAGGAGGGGGCGAAGGAGGGGGGCUUUGACCCUGACUGCUGAACACAGGAGACCGCCGGCAGAGCCAACCUUCUCCUCUGCUACGACACACACCCCCACCCUCCUGAUCUGCUUUCCCUCACUCUGGAGCCACCGUCCCGACGUGAAGGGGGGGUAAGGCCGGAGCAGGCCGGGGCAACAGGAUGCCUCCGAGAGACUACACCGUAAACACUGCUGAUGACUCAACCUCCUUCUCCCUCCACUCUCCUCUCCACCGCUGCUCCUCCCCUCUCCACCUUCCUCCAAAAGACUCAUGGAAACAGCUCUGGACGCGGUGGAGACUAGUUUGGAACGGAACCGUGAGCGGGUGGGGCAACCGUGGGACAAAUAUAUGAACAAGGACAAUGCAUAAAGACUGACUUGACAAACACCAGACACUUUUUUUUUUCGUUGUACUCCGAGGCAGACUGCAAGUUUGGGACUCGUCAAAAGACCCCUCCUCUUCAAAGACUCUGGGUCUUUUCUCUUUUUCCAACUUAAAAACAAAAGAAAAAAAAACAGAUUUCGUACAAAAGAUAUAUAAAUAUAUAUAGAAAAAGUUAAGGAACUAUUGUGAUCGACAUGUCCACGAACAGAACGGCAGGUUGAAACGAGGACAUGUUUUUCUGAGAUUAGAAACUGUUGUACUCCUUCACUGUUUAAAUCUUUUUCAUACCCACUGAGAGUAUUGAGAGAGACGUUUCAGUUUUAUCACAUUUGUACAUUAUUCUAAUUAACGCGAAGCAAAAGAUGUUGAUACAUUUUCUCUCCAGUCUACACAUGCAAACACACACACACACACACACACAAAUGUGCACAGAAAACAAGUCGCGAUGAAUAUCACCUACUAUUCCAGGUUGGAUUUGUUUUCCUUUUUCUCUUUCUUUACUUUCUUUUUUUUUUCUUUUUUUUUGCUUCCAAGAGAAUGGAAAAAAAUGAUUGUAUGAACUCGGUUGUAUGAUAUGGUCACAGGUCCUUUCAAGAAAUCAAAUUAAUGAAGAUUCAUUAUUAAGGUGUAUUUUAAGUAGCCUUUGAGUUUGUGUAUAUAAGCUGUAUUCAUUUCUUUAAAACUAUGAAGAGUUUUAGGCUUCACCUGAUUUUUUUUUUUUUUUUAAGAAUACCUUUUAUGUGUUUUUGUUUAUAGGUUUGUGAUGCAAGAAAAAAAUACAUUUUGAGCACAUUUUACUGAAGGAAGUUCUUUCAUGUUUUGUGUCCUACUAAAUACUGGACAGGCCCCUUAACCAAUCACUGGCUGUUCAGAAUGUGGCUGUCACAAAAGAUUUCAACCUCUCAAACCCCCUCCCCCUCCCUCCCAGCUCUACACUUUAAAAAAAAAACAAAAAAACAUGUUUUUUACAUACAGUAGAUAACAAAGUAGCACUCCAGUCGGGGCAUAGCUUUUUUCGGCCAUGUAGCAGAAAGAGAGAUGGUGUUUUCUUCUGAAAAAUGGUGAGCUGGGCGCCGCCCGGCAGCUCAGCUUCAAAGAGAGUUAAAAAAUGUGAAGAAUGGUGUACAUACACACUGUAUUAAACACACGUGAUUCUCAGUAGUCUCUGAAUGGAUCAAUAAUCUGUAGUGGAUGGGAAAAGACUAGAUUGUAGUCUAUCUCUGCUCUGUCAUUGGUCAAGCAAGUGAAGGUCCCAAAUGUGAUGUUUGUCAACUUAAGUCCUCACAAAUUUCCCCCCUCCCCCCGCACCGGCAACCUGUGGUAGAAAAAAAAACAAAGACAUGAGACUUUUUUGCCGGAUCCAGAGCAAACCUUGCACCCUGCAACUCACUUUACGCCAAAACGCCUUCACCGCUACAACACACACGUCAUCUAGACCAUCGUUACUGUACACACGCCAAUGUCUCAGGAAGGAAUCAUUUUGUGUGCUUGGCCUGUUCUUUGUAUAUGUUCUGUGCUGCACAUCCUAACCCUCCUGUCACAGAUGCACACAUACACACACUUCUGCUACUGAGCCCCUGAGUUUUUUUCUUCAGUCACUCAUGUUUCGUUAGGCCUGACCCCCACCACGUUACGACAUAGGAUGCCAGUGUGGAGUCUCUCUGAGUCGUUCAUGUUUUCUUUUCUUCUUUUUUUUUUCUUUUUCUUUUUUUUUUAUUUGUACGGUCAAAGCUGCUUUCAUCAUUUAGGACUUCACCUGUCCAGAACAGCGCACAACUUUUCCCUCCACAGCUAAUCUGGAAUAGCAACAGACACAGCGUCAGUUUGAGAAGUAUGGAAUAUGUUGCAAUUUUGUCAAGAUUAUCAAGCGACUUUGGAAAAAAAAAAGACAAAACAACAAAAAAAGAUCAAAAAUAAAACCAACAUUUAAUAAUUA